AGUAUCUCUCGAGUCCAUUCCACCCUCCACGCUGGGCCAGGCCUUUCUCACUGCCAAGACCCCCGGUCCCGCAUAAAGGCUCUGGAAGGACGGGCGCCAGGCCUAGGGGCGCGCAGGGCACAGACCGCCCCCCUCCCCAAGGGUGUCGGGGGCUGGGGCGGGGACCCGCGUGGCGAACAGUGUUCCCCUAGAUCUGGGUCAUGUCUCCUGGCGUCCGGCUGGAUCGAAGGAGAGCUUGUCCUCGGGCUGCAGCGGUAGACUGAGGUUAGAUAUAAAAGGAGAGAAUCGUGGACUUUCCAGGAUGGAUGGUGGAGUGGGUGGCAAGGGAGGGACUCCCUGGAGCCAGGAGAGACCUCCAUCCUGAGCAGAGGGAGAGACCGCCUCCCCUAGGCAGGUGGGCAUCUGGGCUGAAGGUCGAGAACCUGCUGAUUGAGCUGCCAUUGAUGCUGUUGGAGGCCCCCCUCUGGUCCAUUUCCUCCACGCCAGGGUCUAGUAGGGAAGAGCUGAUCAGAGUUCAGGGAACAGGCCUUGGAAAGAGCCCAAACUGUCGAACUUGUAGGGAAGCGUGGGGCAUGAACUGGAGACCUUGAACCCUCUUAGCCACUGGAGGAAGAGGGGCUGGCUGCUUUACCCCACCCGGUUUGCCUCACCCUCCCAACAGGUUAAGUUGGGGCUGAGCACUUCAGCCCAAACAGCAGUACCUCCGUGGUGCAGAGGACUGCUAAGUUACAAAUCCCCUUCUCUUUCCUUUUGCUGACUCUCCUGUCUGGGUUCCUUACCUGCCUUCUCCCUUGCAAAAUAGCCUUGACCCAUGCGCUCAUUCCAGGCCAGAAGCCUCCCCCACUCCCACCCACACGCAUGUGUGGAAUCUGGCCUUAGAAUGGGACUUUCAGGAAAGGAGGUGGGGUUCUGUGCUGCAUCUCACCCCAUUGGACACUGGCAGCCACCAAGCCUGCAGAAAAAUCUUGACCCCAGAAUGCAUGUGAGCUUGUUUCUGCAUGGUUGUAAUUGUGUGUUUGUGAAUACAUGUUCAUGACUCCUAUGUGAGCAUUACUGGCCUAGCUGAUCAAUGCACACAUUUCUAUGUGUGUGUACAGAGGACCUUCCUGUUGAAUAUGUGUACAGUCCAUGUAAACCCAUGUAUAUAAUCCAGCUUGCCCACCUCUGAGGCUGUAUGAACUGCUGAGCUACUGGACAUGGGGAUACAACCUUUAUGUGAAUAUGUAUGAAUACAAGUCAUGGCCACCUCUGUAAACACGCAUGUGAGCUGACUGCCCUGUGCAGUGUGUGAAUGAGUUCCAGUGAAUGUGUGUUCACAGUCCUCCCUGAAAAUGUGUGUGCUCACCUGUGUGUGUGUACAUUCCUUUCCUCUGGACCCAUGUGACUCAGAAGAAACCUGUGUAAGUGUGCCAUGUACCACACGGUGAAUGGCUCUUAUAAUCUGGGGUGUGUUCCUCUUGCCCAAUCCUAUAGACUGAUCCCUCCUAGCCAUAUGGCUCCCCCUUUCUGUGCUGAACAAACAGGAGGCCCCAAAGGUAAACAGGUGUGCCUUCACAGUGAGGGGCUGGGCGUGGGCAGUCGUGGGCUGCCCUGGUGUCCAAACCAGGAAGGAGUUCUGUUCUCCAGAGACCCUUCUCUCUCCCUCUCAUGCCCGCUCCCCUGCCAUGUCAUUGCUGACCUUUGCCUCUUGAAUAAACCCUCUAAAUUCCUGUUAUCCCUCCAGCCAGCUCCUGUUCCCUCUCUUCUCUCUUCAAGGCCAGAAAACAGACCUCAGAGAAACAAGCCUAACUCUGCUGUCAGAGGCAAGGUGACCCUGAUAGUGACCUGUAGCCCCUCAUGAGUCCACGACUUCCGCUUGCCAUGGAGCUUGCAUUUGACGUGGAAAGGCAUGUGAUCUCUCCCUCCCUCUGACUUUUAGCUGUGAGUCCAUGGCCACACAACCCUGUGGCUCCAUGUCCCCCCCAUUCCAGGAUCCUCCCUGGCCCCAUGACUCCUUGACUCUCAUGGUCUCAUGACCCCUGACCUUCCACGUGACCUUCUUGGACUUUGACCCCUGUGACUGUUCUUCCCAUCCCCACCUGUGACUGUCCCUGGUUGCCCGUGGGGGUCUCGUUGGUCUGGAUCUUCCCAGGAAGAUGUGGGGGAGGCUCUGGCCCCUCCUGGUCAGCUUCCUCACCGCAGUAGCAGUCCCCGGACCCUCCCUGCGGAGACCAUCCCGAGAGCUAGAUGCUACCCCACGGAUGACCAUCUCCUACGAAGAACUCUCUGGGAUGCGGCACUUCAAGAGCCGAGCCCAGAACUACUCAACCCUGCUUCUGGAGGAGGCGUCUGCAAGGCUGCUGGUGGGAGCUCGAGGCGCCCUGUUCUCUCUCAAUGCUCAUGACAUAGGAGAUGGGGCUCACAAAGAGAUCCACUGGGAGGCCUCCCCAGAGAUGCAAAGAAAAUGCCAUCAAAAAGGGAAAAACAACCAGACCGAGUGCUUCAAUCAUGUGCGAUUUCUACAGCGGCUCAAUGCCACCCACCUCUAUGUGUGUGGGACUCAUGCCUUCCAGCCCCUCUGUGCAGCCAUUAAUGCUGAGGCCUUCACCUUGCCAACCAGCUUUGAAGAAGGGAAGGAAAAGUGUCCUUAUGACCCAGCCCGUGGCUUCACAGGCCUCAUCGUUGAUGGAGGCCUCUACACCGCCACACGGUAUGAGUUCCGGAGCAUUCCUGACAUCCGCCGGAGCCGCCACCCACAUUCUCUGAGGACGGAGGAGGCACCAAUGCACUGGCUCAAUGAUGCCGAGUUUGUGUUCUCUGUGCUGGUGCGGGAGAGCAAGGCCAGUGUGCUGGGUGAUGAUGACAAGAUUUACUACUUCUUCAUGGAGCGGGAGGAAGGCUCCAGCAGCUUCACUCAGAGCCGCAGCAACCACCGGGUGGCCCGGGUGGCCCGGGUGUGCAAGGGAGAUCUGGGAGGGAAGAAGAUCCUGCAGAAGAAGUGGACCUCCUUCCUCAAGGCCCGGCUCAUCUGCCACAUUCCCCAGUAUGAGACACUACGGGGGGUCUGCAGCAUGGACACUGACCCCUCGGCCCCCACACACUUCUAUGCAGCCUUCACACUGACCACACAGUGGAAGACCCUGGAGGCCUCAGCCAUCUGCCGCUAUGACCUCGCAGAGGUACAGGCUGUCUUUGCAGGUCCCUACAUGGAGUACCAGGACGGUGCCCGGCGCUGGGGCCGUUAUGAGGGUGUGGUACCUGAGCCCCGGCCUGGCUCAUGCAUCACAGAUGCAUUGCGCAGUCGAGGCUACAACUCAUCCCAAGACUUACCGUCCCACAUCCUGGACUUUGUGAAGUUGCACCCGCUGAUGGCUCGGCCCGUGGUGCCUACACGUGGACGGCCCCUGCUGCUCAAGCGCAACGUGCGCUACACGCACCUCACGGGCACACCUGUCACCACACCUGCGGGACCUACCUAUGACCUGCUCUUUCUGGGCACAGUGGAUGGCUGGAUCCACAAGGCCAUAGUCCUGAGUUCUGGGAUGCACAUUAUUGAAGAGACACAAGUAUUCCGGGAGCCCCAGCCUGUGGAGAAUCUAAUCAUCUCUCCCAUGCAGCACAGCCUCUAUGUUGGGGCUUCCAGUGGAGUCAUCCAGCUACCACUAUCCAGCUGCUUCCGCUACCGUUCCUGCUAUGACUGCAUCCUGGCCCGGGACCCCUACUGUGGUUGGGACCCCAACACCCAUGCCUGCAUGGUGGCCACCACCAUAGCCAACAGGACAGCACUGAUUCAGGACAUAGAGAGAGGAAAUCGAGGCUGUCAGAGCAGCAGGGAUACAGGGCCACCGCCACCACCACUGAAGACCCGCUCUGUGCUCCGGGGUGAUGAUGUCCUGCUGCCCUGUGACCAGCCAUCCAACCUGGCACAGGCUUUGUGGCUACUCAAUGGGAGCAAGGGCCUGAGCGAUGGGCAGGAUGGCUACCGAAUAGGCGUGGAUGGGCUGCUGGUGACAGACACACAGCCUGAACACAGUGGCAAAUAUGGCUGCUAUGCUGAAGAGAAUGGCCUCCGUACCCUGCUGGCUUCCUACAGCCUCAUAGUCCGGCCAGCCACCCCUGCCCCGGCUCCACAGGCCCCCGCCACACACGGGGCACAGCUGGCACCUGACAUGAGGCUACUCUAUGUGCUAGCCAUUGCUGCACUUGGUGGCCUCUGCCUCAUCCUGGCUUCCUCCCUUCUCUAUGUGGCUUGUCUGAAGGGAGGCAGACAAGGACGGCGACGAAAGUACUCACUGGGUCGGGCUGGCCGGACAGGUGGCUCAGCCGUACAGCUGCAAACAGUCUCAGGCCAGUGUCCAGGAGAGGAAGAUGAUGGUGAUGACGGGGAGGGGCCUGGGGGCCUGGAAAGUAGCUGCCUCCAGAUCAUCCCUGGGGAAGGUGCCCCAGCCCCACCCCCUCCACCACCACCUCCUCCACCGGCUGAGCUGACCAAUGGACUUGUGGCACUGCCCAGCCGACUUCGAAGGAUGAAUGGCAACAGCUACGUGCUCCUGAGGCAGAGCAACAAUGGAGCGCCAGCAGGCCCCUGCUCCUUCGCAGAGGAACUGAGCCGCAUUCUGGAGAAGAGGAAGCACACACAGCUCGUAGAGCAGCUGGAUGAAAGCUCUGUCUGAGCCCAACCUUCCAAACAAAUGCUUUCUCGAGCCAGCCUGUCUGCCUGGGUCGGACCGCUGCCUCCCCAACACAGCCACCCUCCUUCACAUGCCCUCAUUCCCUGCCUUUAUCCCAACUUUUCCAUGUCUCUGUAGGCUGGCUAAGUCAUGGCCAGCCAAACCCCCCUCCUCAGUCUCCAAGACCCACAUGUGAGCAGCCCAGGCCCACCGGUGCUCCUCAGAGGUAGGUGCUCCCUCAGGACCAGGUGCUCCGCCAAUCCAAACCCAGACUCCAUCCCCUUAACCUGAAUGCUUGGGAGGAGAGGAGUCCAUCCUCUUGUCCCAUUUUUCUGCCCAACCUUCCUCUUCCUCCCAGGUAGGGCUCUGCAGGUCCAGAUGGCCUCAGUGUCACCACCCUCUACAUAGCCCUGUGUCCUGAAUAGUCCUGAAUCCAGACAAGACCUCUGCCAGCCACCUGAGCCCUGUCUACAUUCACAUGUGCACAUGGAAGAGUGUUUAUCAGUUGGGCUGCAGUACCCUCCCCUUUCUGGUAUAUUCUUGUUUCAUCCUUUCUGGAUUUGGGGUAACCUCCAAAUUGUCCGGUCCCUAUUUAGUACUCUUCCCCAGUCUCAGGCCCAUAUGAUAACAUCUUUGGCAAGAGCUUGGGAACAGGCCAUCCUGUGAGGUAAGACUGCCAUAUUCCCCUCUUCUUCCUUCCUGGGUAGUCCUUGUGAGUCAGCCUUCCCGCUCCCCUUCGUCAAAUGGAAGAGUGGCGGCAGAGCCUAGCCAUGCCCCUUCCUUAUGCCUAUGUGGAACACACUCAUAUCCCACACAUGCUCCCAUUCCCACCCACAUGCAUCUCUGAGCUUCCCCUAGUUGCCUCAGACCUGUGUUGUCAGGUUUGGUCCAUGAAGAUUUCAACGGGAGAGUCUUCUCCCCUCUAGCUAUCCUCACAGACUUUCCUUAGGACGGUGACCAACACUGCACUCAAUGAGCCAGCCUCCCUUUGGGGAAUCAUGUAUUUCUUCCCCUAGACCAGAGCAAGGGAAGGCAAGAGCUGCCAUCUUACCUGGCAAAUGAAGCCCGUUCUUGGAACUAUGCAAAGGGCAGAGGCUGGGAGUUCGGAUGUUUGGCUCCCGCCCCUGUCCUACCUCACCGGGGCACUUUUCAGGGUCC